UUCAACUCAAGGAUCCAGCAGCAUGAGCGCGAGAUGAGAUGCGUGUGAAUGAUAAAGCCUUGAUCAUAUCGCGUGUGGAAAGCCGAACUCACGAGUUUCCUGGUGAACAGAUGGCGGCGUCUGGUGAGCUUCGUGGCGCUGCUCAGGUGCGCGCUUUGUGUUCAACACGGAGACAAAUAAGUGCAGCUCAGAGGCGCUCGCGCACCUGGACGAGCCACGCGCACGCAGUCAUGCUGCUACUCGCCGCUUGAGAAACGCUGGCGCUACUUGCGGAUCCUUGCUCUUGUUUUGGGACAGGAGAAUUCACCCCAGCGCUAUUCGAUACGUUUUAAGAUAUUGGAGACGUUUUUUGUUUGUUUGGGACAUUUUGACGGGGCACCGAUGGAGAGGUGGGUGUUGUUUCUCGUGCUGGCGUGCAGCGCUGCUCACUCUGUGCGUUCAGGAUGUGAGAACCAUGUAUGUAAUCCUCGUAUGGGCAACCUGGCCACGGGGCGUCCCAUGCUUACAGACACACAGUGCGGCUCCGCUACACCAGAGUACUUAUGUAACUAUGAUGUUGGCAGCUGUGUACCACGGUGUGAAGUGUGCCACCGUCAUGCUCAUCCACCCACCUUCAUGACCGACUCAUCCUUCACACAGCCACGUACAUGGUGGCAAUCAGCCGGAGAUGCUAUCACUGAAACAUUGCAGUUGGACCUAGAGGUGGAAUUUUACUUUACACACUUGAUUGUGAUCUUUCACUCACCACGUCCUGCAGCCAUGACUGUGGAAGGUUCACAGGAUUUUGGGCAUACAUGGCGCACCCUGCACUUAUACGCCCACAACUGCAGCUCCUGGUUUGGACUCAAGGAUGGCUUUAGCUGCACUGAAAAAUACUCAUCACCAAGGCCAUGUAGUGGUGGGGAGGUUAUAUAUCGUGUUCUGUCUCCCUGGGGCAAAUUAAACCCCUACAGCACAGAGGCUCGUGCCCAGCUUGGCAUCACCAAUCUCCGUGUCCGCUUGUUGCAGCCCCAGCCAUGCCCAUGCCAACUCAAAGAGAGCAAUACCGGCUUCAGUACUGUUCCCUAUGCCAUCUCUGACUUCAUCCUGAAGGGAGCCUGCUUGUGCCAUGGCCAUUCUGAUCAGUGUGUGCCAGCCAGCGGCUACCAGGCCACACCCAAUCGUGGCCACAAUGUGGUGCAUGGCAAGUGUGUGUGUCGGCAUCACACAGCAGGAGAUCACUGUGAGAGAUGUGAUCGUCUCUAUAAUGACCAACCUUGGAGACCAGCAAGUGGCCUAAAUGGAGAAGCUCACCAGUGUGCCAAGUGCAAGUGUAAUGGACAUGCAGAGAGCUGCCACUUUGACCGAAGCUUGUGGUUGCUUUCUGGUCAGAAAAGUGGAGGUGUGUGUCACUGCUUGCACAACACAACAGGUCGACACUGUCAGCAGUGCCAGUUAGGCUUUUACAGACAUCCAGAGAGACAACUGACCGCUGUCAACACCUGUACAGCUUGUUUGUGCGAUCAUGUUGGAACUGAGAGUUGUAACCCUGCUAAUGGGGACUGUACCUGCAAGCCUGGUGUGGCCAGUCCGCUGUGUGACAAGUGCAUGCUGGGAUACUGGGGUUUCAGUGAGUAUGGCUGCAGACCUUGCCACUGUGCAGGUGACUGUGAUCCAUACACUGGAGACUGCAUGACGGGGUCAGAUCAUGUUCACAACAACACCUUAUUUCGACUGGAGGAACUUUUUUCUGCUAUGAACUUCCAAGAGAAAUGUGACUGUAAGCAACAGUCUCUUAGGAACAAGAAAAUCUUCUGCAUUAUGAAAUAUACCUAUGCUUUAAAGGUAAGAGUGUUGGCAGCACAUGAUAAAGGCUCUCAUGCUGAGGUGGAUGUUAAAGUUCUGAAGGUGCUGUGGAGCAGCUCCACCCUCAGGUACAUGCAAGGUACUGUCACUCUCUAUCCAGAAUCCUGGACCAUUCGUGGCUGUACCUGCCCUGUACUGUACCCAGGGAAGGAAUAUCUAGUUGCUGGGCACCACGAUGUGAAGAAAGGUCAACUUCUAGUCAACAUGAAGAGUUUAGUGAAGCCAUGGAGAGCCAAUCACAGUCGUCGAGUGCUACAACUCCUUAAAACUAAAUGCACCUGAGUCAGAUAACUAGUGUGGACAAGGAAAAAGAAACAGAAAAAGAGACAAGGGAGGAGAGACGUUGUGUGUCACUUGUGUGUGAGAGAUGAGGUCGGUUAUGAAUGUCUGUUGUACAGAAUGUGUAUUCUUUAAAUGUACAUAAUAUAAUGUAUGAAAUUUUGUAUCUUUUGGAGUAUGUACAUAAAAUGCCAUUUGUAUAUAAUGUACGAUGAGAAUAUUCUCAAUAAAUGCAAUAGAAAAUGCCUUAGGACAGACAAAGGACUGACACUUUUUGGAAUUAUAUCUUCUAAGACCAUGUUUUAUGGAAAAUACCAACUUUGAUGAAACUACUGGCAGAAUAUUCUUUAAAUAAAUUGCUUCAGUUGGA